GAGCGUGAGAAGACAGUGAUAACUGAGCAUACACAAGUGAACGUUUCUCGGCUACCAAGGAAUCCUGAUAUAUUACAUGUGAAAUAUAUUACAUGUGGACUUUGUAGUAUAUUUUUGCAAUGCUGAUAAACUACACAGCACAAACGAAGAUGAAAUCUGAGAAAUUGAAGUCAUUUUUACCACCCCUACAGUAGGUGGCGGCAUGCACCUAUAGGAUUGUUUGCGGACCGCCAUAAUACUGCGGGAAGAAGACAUCCUGUUGCAGCUGAGCCCAGACAGCCAUGAGUAGCAGUGCGUUUGCUUUGAUCUGUAUACGGUGCAGUCUUUUUCUCUGCAUCCUCAGUCCUGUUGAAGUUUGUGAGCACAGCCCUGCAACUGCAAGCAAUCAUUCAUCAGCGCAGCUAAGAGAAAAGACGGCAAUGGAAGGGUGGAAGAGUCACGUGCGCGCUAGACUGUUCCAGAGAGAUUGUACACAAAAGGACCCCUUCAGUGGUAUCUUUAACACCUUGUCCGAGCUAGAGGAACAGCUUGACUUACGGGAUACACUUUGGGAUGAGGUACAGAGACCCAGUUCUGAAGGAAAUGUUGGGCUGACGGUUGACCACAGAGAACUAUACCUCCAGCUCAGAGAGAGUGAACAUAUAACAGAAAAGCUCUCUCAGACAGUCUCUGACCUGACCACCGUCAUGUACCUGAAAGAUGCUGAGCUUCAAUACUGCCACGCACAAGUCUCCCGCUAUCGGAAGGAAGCUGUCACUCAAGCCAGGGAGGCCAACCUUCUGCAGGCCAGCCUAUCAGAAUUUGAGUUUGUAUUGGCGAGCCAAUCAGAGGAGUUGGCAGCUCUGCGGUUGGAGCAGCGGGAGCUGAAGGAGGGGCUUGCAGCGGCCUGGAGAGAGAAAGAAGAGCUUCUGGAGCGAUGGAUGGAUGAGAAGAAGGAGGAGGCGGAGAGGGUGAACAGGCACAAUGACACACAGGAAAGGUGGCAUCGUUUCACCCGGCGACUCAACAAGCAUCACCGUAGAGAGAUGCUGCGACCAUGUGAGCAGACCAACUCCUGGACGACUGGUAGGCCUACAACUGAACCAGCAACCACCAUACAGAAGGAGGGUGGUGCACACUGCCCAGGAUGGACCUUUUAUCCCAAAAGCCUCCAGUACUGAAACACUCCUUCCUGUAAGACACACUGAAAAAACUAGACCUUGAAUGUGACUUUUUUGUGUGUAUAUAUUAAAGAAUAUUUGAAUGUGGGCUUUUAAUCAAUACUGUUGUGAAUUUCAGAUACGGUAUGUAUAGGCUUGUAAAUUAGUACCCAAGACCUAACUCAAUGUUUUCAAAUACCAUGAGAAUAAAGUAACUGUUCAGUCAUAUUUUUCACUAAAACACCUCUGUCCUGUGACUGCAAUGCUUUUGUGUGUGACUGUCUUUUUCAAAAGUCACUUGCUGUCUGAGGAGCAAAGUAGGUACGUGUCAGUGGCACUAAGACCCAAAUGGUGAAUCAUGUGAUCUUGAUUAAAACAUUGACUGCCUACUGUGCAAAUCAAAUUGAACUCUAACAUUGUUGAUAAAGAAAUUGCACUUUGAGCUUCUGACAAGGAAGUCAUGACCAUUUUUGGAUACUGUAUCUUGUCAAUUGCUCGAAUAACUUUAUUUCUGUCUGUGGAUGUGAGACUUAGUAGAAAGUACAAACGAUCUACAACAGCAUUUAGGUUAAUUCAUUUUGCCUUUAAUAAAAAAAUUAAAAUUCUGAAAAACAAAUGGCAAACGAUUUUUUUCCUUAAAUGAUUGAUAAUAAUCAUGGUAAUGACACAGUAGUAAUAAUAUUCAUUGUUUCCUGUCAUGUUUCACCAAAAUCAUAUCAGCAUCCUUCCUGUAGACAUUAUGGCACUCAGCUCAGUGGGAACACUUUUAAAUAUUCACACUUAGCAGAGCUGUGAACAGGUACCCCAUAGAAGCAAAACAGUUCUGAA